AUAGGAAAUGACUAAAAAUGGAAAAAUUUGGAAAUCUCCUCCAUCUGAGGGAUCUCUGAAUCAAUUCUCUCUCUAAAUUCUCAUUCUUUCUUUCUUGCCUCAUUAAUUUGAACACUCCUAUCAAUUUAUCGACCACUUUCCCUUUAUUAAUGCAUUAACAGUUACCCAUUUUGCUCUGCCACUUUUCUGGUAAUUAUGUUUUGGACAUUUUGAGGCUGUAGAUCCAACUGCAAUUCCAACUUGGUAAGUGUUUCACUUUCCCAUUUCCCCCCUUUGUAUCUUUCUUUGAUCUCUUGUAGUUGUUGUUGUUGCAGUAGUAGUAGUAGGUACUUGUUAUUUCUGGGGAAGUUUCAUAGCUAAAAGCUGUGUAAUUUGUGUGUUAGAGGUGGGUCUUGAAAUAUCCAUUUCUCAGAUUGUUGGGUUUUUUUUUUUGUUUUUUUUUUUCCAAUCAAAAUUUCAAAAAUUUUGAUAGAAUUUUGGUCAAUUUAGCUUGUGGAUGUUUUGGUAUUAGGGUUUUUAUAGAGCAGUCUUGUUUUGUUUCAAGCACUCUACUUUGUUGAGGAAUUGUACUUCCAAAUUCCAAUGGAUUAUGGUAGAGAGAGCAAUGUAGUCCAUGUAAUCACUGGGAAUAGUAGUGGUGGUGGUGGUGAUAUUUGGUCUAGUGACCAGGCAGUUUGGGCUACUGAGGAUGAGUACCGUGUUUGGAAUAAUGGUGACGCGUUGGCGGACACCAUGUCCAACUCAAAUUAUGAUCAAAGGCAGUCGCAAAGUCGCUCUGGAAGCGAACCCCCAAAUAAGAAAUCAAGGAACUCCCAAGAUGCAACUUCAUCUAACCGGUCAAAAGCCAUUGGGAAAAUGUUCUUCAAAACCAAACUUUGUUGCAAAUUCCGUGCUGGGACGUGCCCCUAUGUUACCAAUUGUAACUUUGCUCAUAGCAUUGAAGAGCUUCGGAGGCCGCCGCCAAAUUGGCAAGAAAUUGUGGCUGCCCACGAGGAAGAAAAGGCUGUAUCUUCAGAGCCAAGGGAAGAGUACCAAAUUCCAAUCGUCUCUACAGGUUAUGGUGUGGAGACUCCAAGAUCCUAUAAAGGGAGGCAUUGCAAAAAGUUUUAUACUGAGGAAGGGUGUCCUUAUGGGGAUAAUUGCACUUUUCUUCAUGAUGAGCAGUCCAAGAAUAGAGAGAGUGUGGCAAUAAGUUUAGGUCCUGGAGGGUAUGGUGGUGGUGCUGCUGCUGCUGCGAAUGGAGCAAAUAACAAGCCAUCAAACUGGAAAACAAGGAUUUGCAAUAAGUGGGAAUUGACAGGAUAUUGCCCAUUUGGAAGCAAAUGCCAUUUUGCUCAUGGUGUAGCAGAAUUACACCGGUAUGGUGGUGGGCUUGUGGAGGGAGAAACUAGAGAUUCUUCUUCAGUCGCUCCUGACAAUAAGCAGGGAGUAAUGCCUUCGAAAACUCCAGGAGAUGCUGUGGUAGUAUCGGUCCCUCUAGUUUCAUAUUCUGAUGUUUAUCACCUUGGAGUUUCGUCACAAAGAUCAUCUAUUGUAAUUCAGAGAUCAGGGCCAAGAGCCCAUCAGAAAUGGAAGGGACCAGACAAAAUCAGUAGGAUAUACGGUGACUGGAUUGAUGACAUCGAAUAGAAUUUGGGAUUGCUCGCCUGCAAUGCACUGCGGUCACUUACACAAAUUAGAUAGAAAACUAGAUACCUAGUCUUUGUAAGAGAUUACGGUAUCAUCAUGUAGCUGUAACAUUUCUGUAAAAGUUUCUGUAUCCGCGCUUCGAGUUCAGGUUAAUCGCAGGCUUGUUAAGUCGCAUCCGAUGUGUGUUUCAUGUGAGAAUUUUGUUGUUACAAAUAGAACUUGAAGCUUUGUAUCACUCUCCUAGUCUUAGUCUUCCUUGUUACCAUAUAUAAUUAUGUGACGACCCUCUUUGUCCGAAAGAGACGAAGGUCCUUAUUUUGUACCACUUUGUUCGAACUAUCAGUUCCCUAUUCUCGAAUUAGUCAUAGUAUUUGUAUCUA